UCACUCGCGAUGAUACCAGUUAUGGUGAUUUUUGUGUGUUUCUUAGUGUUCUUUUGUAAGAAAAAUAAGGAGGUGGCUAUCAUGAAAGCAGCAGGAUUGGCUAACUUCGAGACAGGAGACAUGAACGGUUUCAAUCCAGCAGUGGCGCUUCAUGAGCAAGCUGAGCUUCUUCCAUACGACACAGAUUACGAAUUCCCCAAAGAUCGGAUCGAAUUUUCAAAUCAGCUGGGACAGGGCGCCUUCGGGAUAGUUAUGAAAGCGACUGCUUCUAACAUAGUGGCACACGAAGAAUCCACGACAGUCGCCGUAAAGAUGGUCAAACACAAAAACGACAGUCAAGCUAUACGUGCACUUGUCUUGGAGCUGAAGAUAAUGAUCCAUUUGGGUCAGCACCUGAAUGUGGUGAACUUACUUGGAGCGGUGACCACAAACAUUGCAAAACGUGAACUGAUGGUUAUUCUGGAAUAUUGCCCAUAUGGUAGCGUUCAAAGCGUGCUACUGAAAAAUCGAGAACACUUUAUCGAUCAGAUCAAUCCUCAAACAGAUGAGAUAGAAUGGCAACAUUGGACCGAGUUUUUGGCAAUGCGAAAUAGCGCCAAUAAUUAUACCUUUCAGCAACAAACUGAUUCUUUUCACAAUGAUGUAGAAGUAGGAUUACAAAAUGUGACACAGAUUAAUCAUUCAGAAGAUCUAGAAGGAUGCAGUACAGAGAGCAUGGCCAUGCUACCGAUGACAAGCAUGAAAAACCAUCGUGCACAACGAAUUUUUAAUACCACGGAUUUGGUAUGCUGGGCCUCACAGAUUGCAACUGGAAUGGAUUACCUUGCGUCGCGAAAGGUGGUACACGGCGACUUGGCCACCAGGAAUGUGCUUCUAUGUCACAAUAAUGUGGUUAAAAUUUGUGACUUUGGAUUGGCUCGCUCGAUCUACCGAAGAAACAAUUACAAGAAAAAAGGCGAAGAUCCGCUGCCAUUCAAGUGGUUAGCGUUGGAAUGCAUUGCCGAUAAUGUGUUUAGCAUAUCCUCGGAUGUCUGGGCUUACGGUAUUGUGCUGUGGGAGCUGUUUUCUUUGGGGCAAGUACCUUAUCCUGGAUUGGAUGCCAAUGAACAACUUUAUCAUAAGAUACGCGAUGGUUACCGCAUGGACCAGCCACAGUAUGCGAAUCAAAACAUCUACGAUGUGAUGCUGCAUUGCUGGUACGUUAAUCCAGAAACCCGACCUUCAUUCUAUGAUCUAAAAUGUCGAUUGGACGGCAUGCUACCAGACGAGCUGAAAGAUCAUUACUGGCAUCUCAACGAGUCAUACUUAGCCAUGAAUGAUAUGAGAAAGGAACGAAAUCAGACGGAUUAUUUAGCUUAUCUUGGACCUCCAGAUGAAAUCGCCCCUGCGACACCAGACUGUACGAGUGUAAUUUCGUCAUAG